GCUUGUGUAGAGCGGCAGUGCCAGUUGCUAGUCGUCGUAUGAGCCUUGCGGCUAAUCUUAUGAUGCAAAUAGGACUUAGAGUAGCUGACGGUUCAGCCAUGUUUCGAAGCAACGUGCACAACGUAGUUGAAGAACUACGACCAAUAAUUACAGUGGCACGCGACCCCGAUCUUGGAUCACCACUGCUUGGUCCCAGUUCAUCUGCUCACUUACCUCUAUCUCCACCCAGUAUAACAGAAACAGAAGACCAAAACUUCAUAACUGCAGGAGAAGUCAGACCGGUUGCAACAACUCCAGUAUCACAAAGACUGCCUUUGACUACUCAAGGAUCACUUACUGAACCAAACAAUGAUGUAGUAAUAGAUAUGAAUUUAUCGAGCUCAGAUUUACAUGUAGAACAGCAGCCUCAAAGUCCAGGAGGAUCGUCACUUAAUGGAUCUAAUAAUGAUAACAAUGAAAACCAAAGCGAAGAAGAUGCUCUUCAGCACAACCCAGAAAUCGCUCAAAUGCUGAGUGUAGCUCUUAAAUACAUUCCAUUCUUAUUGAUACUUUUAUCAAAAGCUGUAUUCGACCAUAUUCCAGCUAUUCUAUUCUUUUUGGUACUUUUUUUUUCAUUUCGUUACUUCAACAAUAUGGUAAAGCUUGAGGUGGCCAAAAAAUCACAGCGCAGUGUUAGCUUUUUGCUGUUUGCUAUUUGUCAUAUGGCCAUGUCUAUAUUUCUAUUCUACUUCUUCUAUACCGACAUGGUCUUACACUUUGGGUUAAUAUUUAUUCCUCCUUCUGCACAGUCCUUGACAAUUAUCAAUCUAUUAUGGUCAAUAGCAGCGGAUGAUUACAUUUUAAAAUUAAUAACAAUCAUUUUUAAAAUAAUAGUUGCCAUGAUGCCAAUAAAGGUUUUACCAACAAUUAAACGAGGAAAAGUUUACCUGUUCAUUGAAGCUACAUCUCAAUUAUAUCGGUGUUAUGUGCCGAUCCAACCUUGGUUGUAUUACAUGUUAGAAUCUUAUCAAGGUCCGAAAAAGGUGAUUGGAGUAUUUUUAUCUGCCGCUUACAUGGUAUCAAAAGGUACCAAUUUAAUGGGUUGUAUGAAACUCUGGUGGACAGCCUUAUACAAAUUGCUUCAGAAUGUUGUAUUGGGUUCAGCACCGAGUAAAGAGCAGUUGACUAUAGCUGGCAACAAUUGUCCAAUAUGCCAUGACGAGUAUGGUACACCUGUUUUGUUGCAAUGCCAACACAUAUUCUGCGAAGCUUGCGUGGCCCAAUGGUUUGAUCGUGAACAAACAUGUCCACUAUGUCGGGCAAAACUUGUUGAUAACCCUGUGUGGCAAGAUGGUUCUACGACUAAUUUUAUACAACUCUUUUAACAUUUAAAUAUUUUACGUUGCCAAAAUAAAUAUUAUUUUUAAAAUAUGUAUAAGAAAAUUAAAUUUGUAUUUCUUAUUAAUCAGUUAUCGUGUUAUUUUCUUUCGUGUGAUGAACUUAAAUUAUUUUCUAUAGUAAAUAUCAGAAAAAUAUAAUGUUGUUUAUUAAGAGGAUGUCAGCACAAUAUUAGUUUUCUCUCUGUCACAUAUACAAUAUUGAUUAAAUUAAUUCACAUAAUAAUUUUUUGUCUAUGUUCUUACUGUUUCAAAAACCAUUAUUGUUUGUGUUUUUCAAACUAGAAAAACUUUUUUCAA